CAGCGACAGAUACACACGCUAUUUAUCACUGAAGUAUGUACGCUGUAGUUAAAUAUUCGGAAGUAUGCGGCGUAAAGAUUUAUUUAUUUAUAUAAAUCUACAUUUACCUUGUGCCAGCUUGACCUGGUCUAUUUCAUCUGCUCGUCACGUGACGGAAGCACCAGGCGAACAUGAUAUUUCGUCCAAAAUGAAAAUGAAAGUGUAGCUUCAACUGAACAACUGCUGUUGCUGCUGCUGUUGCUGCUGCCUGGGGAACGAGCAUGGAUUUGACCUUAAAUACACUUAUAUGCUUGUAUUUAUGCGCAGGUGUCCUGUGUGCUCAUCAGAUGCCAUGGCUGCCCUGUCAGUUCAUCGACGAGGUGGUGAAUAUUAAUAACGAGGGUCAUGUUGAGACUCAGCUCUUACACAGAGAGGCUAUGCUGCAGUUUGGGAAAAAAGACGACGCUCCUGUUAACCCACAUGCUAUCACUUUCCUUGUCACUGGAUCUAAGUUGGACCUGCGGCGGUAUGCAGAGGGAGUGGAGGCAGAGCAGUUGGAGUGUGAGGUGCGUAGGUACAGUACACAGGGCAUCCAUGUCCGCUGGCCUGUCAAGGGGGCACACGAGUACAGCCGCUGGUACAGCUGCACCCUUAAACACGGGAAAGGCCUGUUUGUCAUCACUGGCUUUCUCAGACAGUCGACUGACCAAACUCCCUCUGGAGAGCAGGACUAUCGCAGCUGGCCUGCCAUCACGGACAGAGAGGUGCUCGCAACAACAGUGGCCAUGGUCAUUAAAACACAGACUCCAUCAUUGAAAGUAGGUCUGCGAUCCCAACCAAAGCUUCACUGCCAGUUUGCUGUGGACCACAAAGCACCGGACAUCACUGUGGAGUGGCACUCACGACGACGCGGGGAGAGAACCACACUCUUCAGCUAUCACAGCCGCUCAGGCCAGACAAAGGGCAGCGGGGUUGGGGUGAAGAAUCUUGCAGACGGUGACGCUUCCUAUACGCCCCCUUUCGCCAAGAUGAGCAGUGAGGGGACCUACAUUUGUUCAGUGACAGUGAAUCCACUGUUCUUCCACAUGGAUAUGAGUCUGAACAUCGAAGAGCGUCCCCGUGUCUCCAUCAACGUUGGACCCGUUCUCCUCCUGCAGAGGGGCGAGGAGCAGAAGGUGAUCUGUACAGCAGAGGGCUAUUACCCUCUGGAUGUGGAGAUAGUUUGGUUCGAGCAGGACCCAGAUGCGUCACGCCAGAGGGUCGGGGGGCCUCUGCCCAAGGCGCUCAACAACGUCCUGAUGUCAAGCCACAAACACGACCUGGACAUGACCUACUCCCUGUCGGCUUUCUUCUACCUGGAGACGUCACGCAGGAAUCCUGGGAGAAGAGAGUUCACCUGCAGCGUCUCUCAUCAGUCCCUGCGAGUGCCCAUCAAAAAGAGCUUCAUCCUGACUGUGGAAGAACCAAGCAGCUGGCAGUUUAACCUUGUUCUUGGUACCACCAUGAUUACACUGCUGGGCAUUCUCUGUGUAAUGCUGCUGUACCUGCACUCAGGGAGAAAGAAAUCAGCGCAGAAAAAACCUUACUGAGAAUCCUUAAUGGUCUGAAGAUAAUCAGUGAAUGCAGAUGGGCUCAGUCACUCCUCCUUCAUUCAAUUUCAUUUCUGAAUGACAUGAAUGUUUGAACUGUGUUUCUUUUAAAGGUGAAUCGGGGUUUCUAUGAAACAGUUGUUUUGAAUUCCACUCAGGUUUAAUUCAUAUUCAUUUUGAAGUAAGUAUUUGGUCGUUAGUGGAGCAGGUAAUGAUGUACUACCUAGUUUUGACUUGUAGUAAUUUUUAAUGAAGUGCGUCUGUCAUGCUCACCCACAGGCAAAAUGACAUCCACACUGCAGGUUUCACUCAGUUCAGGUUUGUCUUAAAUUGUAAUGAAAUAAAUACUCUAAAGCAGUACAGGACAGUGACAAGUUUGGGAACCACUGCUCUAAAGCAAUGAAGAAGAAGGCUACAUGAAUGUAAAGAAUUUGACAUUCAAAAUGUAUUUAUUAAAAAAUAAAAAUAUAAAAAUAAAAAUAAAAAAUGUAAUUAGAUUUGAAUGAAGCAUGUAGUAAACACCUGACUGGACUUUCAAUAACCUUCCAUAUACCACUGUAACCCUGGUAACUGUUAGGUUUAUGCUUCACUGUGUUGUUGGGACUAGUUAUUGAAGGAGGUGUCCACCAUAGUGGGUAAUUGAGGGUUUUUCUUUAUUGGGAAGAGGCUGUCUGUUUGCGAAGGAAUACACCUGUGGUUAGUAAGAGGUGUUCAGCAAGCGAUGACACCUCAACCUCGGGUUGAGCUUUUGCUGCAGCAAGGAAAUAAAUCCGUCUCAGUUGAGCUACAAAGUGCAGUUCUGCUCCUCUUUGUUAUUCUCCACCACCACCUUUAGUAAAACAUAACUGAAGUGCAACUCAAAAGUCAUCAAACCUUUUGGUUUAUUGUUGAAUAAAUAAUAAGUGACAAAAUUAUAAUACACCUGCCAUGUACUGUAGAAAUGAGGUCAUGUUUAAAUUCUUUACAUGAUUGUGUUGUAAUGAUGAAUCUACAUAGUUUUGGCAAAAUGUGGCUGAAUAAUUUGCUCUUGGUGUAUAAAAUGGUCUGUAAAUGGUCCAA